AAUUUGGGAUUUCGAAAAUAAAUAAAUAAAUAAAAUUCUUUGAAGAGGUCGCUGUUCAGUCAAAAGCCUUCGGCAAGCGCGACACCGGUGUAGCUUAGACGAAUUAGCUGAAUUCAAUGAAAACCAGUUUUCUUUUUCAGCUCUUAUAACUGAUUAACUACAGCUUAGUUUACUCAUUAAUAAUGCCAGGACCCGGACCUCACUUGAUGUACGCGAUGGGCUCCGGUCUGGCCCUCACCACUUUGACCAACGGCCGUUUCAGCCCUCACCACACCCUCACCUACACCAUCAACGCCUUUUUCGGUCCAGACAUUGGCUCUUUCUCCGAGUGGCUAGGUUCCAAUCUCGGUUCUUCUGGCCACACUCUGGGCUCUGCACUAGCUGAUUAUAUCCAUGAUCCCUUUUACUAUGUCUUGAUUCUGGGUCUUCCAUUUUGUGUUUUUUACUCUUGGGUCUCCAAAAUUUUGCUUCAAAGGAAGAUUCUUGAUUCUGUCUCUGGGGUACCCCUUACGAGGAGGCAAUGCUUAUUGUUGAUGUCCGCAGGGUGUUUAUCGCACUUUUUCCUAGAUCACUUGUUUGAGGAAAAUGGACAUUUAUCAAUGUAUAGCUGGAUAUUAAGCACUGGUUGGUGGAAGAAUCGAGCACUUGUCAAUCUUGAUGCUGUUAUUGUGGUUGGCUUCUUAUGCACUUGCUUGAUUGGUGGCUUUAUUUACAUUAACAGAGUGAAAUCUUUAAAGUCCACUAGAAAACAAUCCUAUCAAUCAUUGAAACUUAUUCUGAUCAUAGCAAGCCUAUAUUGCUCGUGGUGUGCAAGCCAGAUAUACUGGGUAAAUCCUCGCAGGGCUGCAGUUGGUGAAGAGGCUGAUCUUGGAGUGCUUGUAUUUUUAGCCACUUACUUCUUUCUCCCUCAUUAUUUGUGUAUUAUGUCCAUGAAUAUAGAAGAUCAUAACACAGAGCCAAUUCCGUCUCCUGAUACCGAUGUUGCAGACGAUACCUUGGUCACCCCUCCCGGCACUACAGCACAUCCAGCAGAGCUGUAA